AUGUCUCAAUAUGAUAUCAACAUUCGUUGGUAUGUCGCAAGUGUCUUCUACUACGAUGGCAAAACAUUCGGGCGGACGCUCAAACUCAAUGAUUACACCUUGCUCGAUGAUAUCAUUGACGAAGUCCACUAUCCCUUACCUUACGGAGACAAACGAAAGAUUGUGAAACUCAAGUAUCGUUCGCUUUCUGUUGACAAUGAAGGGAAAGUCGUUUACAACAACUUUGAGCUCAAGAACCGAGAGGAUGUUUUGACGAUGUGGCGAACGUAUUUCGAUUUCGAAGAGAAAAUCCCGCUCAAGUUGGUAGCGACGAUAUCUCUUAAGAAGGAUGGGUUCAGUGUAAAGUGGAGGAAGUGGAUUGAAGCUUUAGUUUUCAAUAGUUCAAUGUCGGUCCUUGUUAAUGGUAGUCCAACCCGGGAGUUCUCGAUUACUAGAGGAUUAAGACAAGGAGAUCCUCUCUCUCCUUUUCUUUUCUUGUUGGUGGCGGAGGGUUUGACGGCUAUGGUAAAAGUGGCGUCCUCUUUAGGAGAUUUUAAAGGGUUUAGCUUGGAUGAUCAUCAACAUUUUGAAAUUCUUCAAUUUGCCGAUGAUACGAUUUUGAUUGGCGAAGACUCGUGGAAUAAUCUUUGGACUUUUAAGGCCAUUCUUAGAGGUUUUGAGCUUGUGUCCGGAUUACGGGUCAACCUGAACAAAAGCCGGCUUUUUGGAGUAAAUCUUGAUCCGGAUUUCAUUCAAGUCGGGUCUUCCUUCUUAAAUUGUGCGAUUGGCUCAUCUUCCUUUGUUUUUCUUAGUAUUCCGGUUGGUGUUAAUCCUAGAAGAUGUGAUGUGUGGAAACCGCUAAUUUCAAGACUUAGAAGGCGCAUUGGAAGUUGGUAUGAAGACAUUCAAAGAAUUUUGAUAAAGGAUACCUUUAUUCAUCCGAGAAGUAAAGUUUCUCUUUGGUGGCGUGAUCUUGUUUCGGUUGGGCGAGAAAAUUCGUCUACUACUUCAAAUUGGUUUAAUUCAUCUAUCUCUUGCAAACUUGGAACCGGUCUUUUUUUUGAAUUUUGGUUUGAUGCUUGGUUAGGAACAAUGCCUCUUGGUAUUUUGUUUCCGGAGUUGCUUUCCUUAUCCGAAGCGCCCCAUUCGAAGGUGGCGGAGAUGGGAAGUUGGAAUGGUGAAAUUUGGAGUUGGAAUCUUGGAAUUUUUUGCGAGACCGAGGAUAGGGCAGCCGCGAUGCAAUUGAAUCAAUUAGUAAUUCUUCUUGCUCCGUUUCAACCUUGUCGUUUGAUUGGCGACUCUUUUGUGUGGUGGAGAAAUCCUUCCGGUUUCACGGUGAGUAACGCUUAUGAUACCAUUUUGUUACUUGACUUACUGCAUCCUCCGUUGGAGAACUCUUUUUCUUCUCUUUUCUCUUGUUUAUGGAAGACUAAGGUUCCUAGUAGAAUUCAUCUUUUCGGUUGGAGAUUGAUUUGGAAUAGACUUCCUACGAAAGUGGAGUUGGCGAAGCGUGGAAUUUUAGUAGCGGCGCAAUUGUUGAAGUGUCCUUUAUGUAAUCGAGUUGAUGAGGAUUUAGAUCAUCUUUUUCUUCAUUGUCAUAUUGUUAGAACUUAG